GGGUGCCCGCCGCGGUGCCGGUGGGGCUGGUGAGUGAAAUGGCCGCGGUCUGAUCCAUCCGGCUGCCGGGAGGCCGGUGGGGAACGGCGCUGGGCAUUCGGGUGCACGAUGCGCUGUAGUUCCUGACAUCAUCAGCGGAGGGAGAAUCCGGCUGAGUUUUUCUGAGGUUAACUUUGAGCUUCUCAGAUUGGACUCUAAGGUAAUUGUGCACCUGAUGUUGUGAGCCAGCUUCACUGGAAUGUGGCACUGAACAUUUGAAGCUUUCUGCCUUCUGAAUGUCAGGAGAGCACAAGAGGCCUGUGAACAUGGACGAGAAAGAUGUGUCAGUUUUCAGCAAUGAGAACAGAGGCAGUAAAGAAAAGGAAGGUACCGAGAGGAGACCAGCCUCGAGUCGGGAAAAGCUGCGGGAUGAUCCGAAAGGCAGCAGCAGGAGGGAAGGAAUGAAGACCACCGAGGAGAGAAAGAAGAGGCAAGAAGAUGAGAAGCGCAAGAAGGAAGACGAGAAACGCAAGAAGAAGGAGGAAGAAAAAUUAAAAGCCGAGGACGAACAAAAGAAGAGGGAGGAGGAAGAAAAGAAGAAAGUGGAAGAGGAGGAAAGGAAAAAACAGGAAGAGGAGGAAAAGAGGCAGAGAGAAGAAGCAGCAACGAAGCAGAGAGAAAAGGAAGAAGCCUAUCAGUUGCAUCAAGAGGCUUGGGAGCGUCAUCAAACCCGGCUAGAGCUCCGCAGUAAGAACCAGAACGCCCACGAGAGCCGUCCAGAGGAGGGUUUCUUCACUCGCUUGGACUCGAGCCUGAAGAAGAACACUGCCUUCGUCAAGAAGCUCCGGACGAUCACGGAGCAGCAAAGGGACUCCCUCUCCAGUGACUUCAACGUCCUCAACUUGAGCAAGUACAUAGCUGAAGCUGUUGCCUCCGUUGUGGAAGCCAAGCUGAAAUUAUCUGAUGUGAAUUGCGCUGUCCAUCUUUGCUGCCUCUUCCACCAGCGAUAUGCUGACUUUUCCCCAUUACUUCUGCAAGGCUGGAGAAAGCACUUUGAGGCCAGGAAGGAGGAGAAAACUCCCAACAUCAGCAAGUUGAGAACUGAUAUGCGCUUCAUUGCAGAACUGACUAUUUGUGGGAUUUUCACCGACAAGGAAGGCCUCUCGCUCAUUUACGAGCAGCUGAAAAACAUCAUUUAUUCGGAUCGUGACACCCACUCUCACGUGUCUGUGAUCAUCAGCUUCUGCCGGCACUGCGGGGAUGAUGUCGCGAGCCUGGUGACCAGGAAAAUGAAGCUUGCCUCGGAGAAGUACAACCUCAGCUUCCCUCCCAGUGAGAUCAUUAGCUCCGAGAAGCAGCAGCCCUUCAUGAACCUGCUGAGGGAGUAUUUCACCUCACUCACCAAACACCUGAAAAAAGACCACCGGGAGUUACAGAAUCUGGAAAGACAGAACAGGCGCAUCUUGCAUUCAAAAGGAGAGCUGAGUGAAGAUCGCCACAAGCAGUAUGAGGAAUUUGCCACUUCCUACCAGAAGCUGUUAGCAAACACGCAGAGUCUGGCUGAUUUAUUGGAUGAGAAUAUGCCUGAACUUCCCCAAGAUAAAUCUGCACAGGAAGAACAUGGCACUGGCAUCGACAUCUUCACACCCGGGAAGCCUGGAGAAUAUGACCUUGAUGGAGGAAUUUGGGAGGACGAAGAUGCACGCAAUUUCUAUGAAAACCUAAUUGACCUGAAGGCAUUUGUGCCUGCCAUAUUAUUCAAAGACAAUGAUAAGAACUCCCAGAGUAAAGAUGGCAACAAAGAAGAUCCAAGGGAUUCCAAAGAAGGGAAAGAUUCCAGGGAUGGAAAAGAUUCCAAAGAAUUGGUUGCUACGGAGGAGUUGGAGCUGGAACUGGAGAAUUUGGAUAUUAAUGAUGACAUCAUAGGAGAGGAAGAAGUCACUGAUGAAACAGAAGACCUUAGCCAAAAACUUCUGGAGGAACACGAACAAGAUGAAGAGGAAGCCAGCACAGGUUCUCAUCUGAAACUGAUUGUGGAUGCUUUCCUGCAACAGCUCCCCAACUGUGUCAACCGUGACCUGAUAGACAAGGCUGCAAUGGAUUUCUGCAUGAAUAUGAACACAAAAGCAAAUCGGAGGAAGUUGGUCCGAGCACUGUUCACUGUACCCAGACAAAGGUUGGAUCUGCUUCCAUUUUAUGCCCGUCUAGUUGGUACACUGCAUCCAUGCAUGGGUGAUGUGGCAGAGGAUCUUUGUACCAUGUUAAAAGGGGACUUCCGAUUCCAUGUCAGGAAGAAGGAUCAGAUCAAUAUCGAAACUAAAAACAAGACAGUGCGGUUCAUUGGGGAACUAACAAAGUUUAAAAUGUUCUCGAAGAAUGAUACACUUCAUUGCUUAAAGAUGCUUUUGGCUGACUUUUCUCACCAUCACAUCGAAAUGGCCUGCACACUCCUGGAAACAGCUGGUCGUUUUCUGUUCCGAUCACCUGAAUCCCAUUUGAGGACCAGUGUUCUUUUGGAGCAAAUGAUGCGCAAGAAGCAGGCAAUGCACUUGGAUGCUCGUUAUGUUACAAUGGUAGAAAAUGCAUAUUACUACUGUAACCCUCCACCGGUUGAGAAGACAGUGAGAAAGAAGCGCCCUCCCCUUCAGGAAUAUAUCCGUAAACUUCUCUACAAGGACUUGUCCAAGGUCACAACAGAAAAGGUGUUGAGACAGAUGAGAAAAUUGGCAUGGCAUGAUCCGGAGGUGAAGGAAUAUGUGAUUAACUGCAUGAUCAACAUCUGGAAUGUGAAGUACAACAGUAUUCACUGUGUUGCAAAUCUAUUGGCGGGAUUGGUGCCAUACCAGGAAGAUGUGGGAAUACAUGUUGUCGAUGGAGUACUGGAGGAUAUCCGUCUAGGAAUGGAGGUCAACCAGCCCAAAUUCAACCAAAGGCGAAUCAGCAGUGUUAAGUUCCUCGGAGAGCUGUACAAUUACAGAAUGGUGGAAUCGGCAGUCAUCUUCCGAAUUUUGUAUUCCUUCAUUACAUUUGGUAUAAGUACGGAUGGCAGCGCCACUCCUCUGGACCCACCAGAGCAUUUAUUCCGCAUUCGACUGGUCUGCACUUUGCUGGACACUUGUGGGCAAUACUUUGACAGAGGCUCCAGCAAACGAAAGCUGGACUGUUUCCUUGUAUAUUUUCAGCGUUAUAUCUGGUGGAAGAAGAGUUUGGAUGUGUGGACGAAAGAUCACCCUUUCCCUAUUGACGUUGACUAUAUGAUAAGUGACAUCCUUGAGCUGCUUCGACCAAAGAUGAAAUUCUGUGCCUCCCUUGAAGAGGCAAUCAAGCAAGUACAGGAACUUGAACGGGAAUUCCUGAUUAAACUUGGGCUUGUCAUUGAUGGGAAAGAUUCCAAGUCCGAUAAGCUGUCUGGUCUGGGAGAAGGAGAAGAAAAUCAGGAUGACGAUGAGGAUGAUGAAGAGGAAGAGGGUGGAGCAGAAACGGAGGAACAGUCUGGAAAUGAGAGUGAAAUGAAUGAACACGAAGAGGAGGAUGCGUCUGAGAAUGAGGAAGAUGAUGAAGAGGAGGAGGAAAAUACUGACUACUUGACUGACUCCAAUAAAGAGAAUGAAACCGAUGAGGACAACAACGAGGUAAUGAUCAAGGGUGGAGGCCUGAAGCACCUUCCCUGUGCAGAAGAUGAAGAAUUCAUACAGGCUUUGGAUAAAAUGAUGCUUGAGAAUCUGCAGCAGCGAACUGGUGAGUCAGUCAAAGUCCACCAGUUAGAUGUGGCUAUUCCACUCCAGCUAAAAAGCCAGUUGAAGAAAGGACCUCCGCCCCAAGGAGGAGGAGAAGGGGACUCUGAAAAUUCGGAAACGAUGCAGUUUGUAAUGCUUACCAGGAGGGGAAACAAACAACAGUUUAAGAUACUGAAUGUGCCAAUGAAUUCGCAACUUGCUGCCAAUCACUGGAAUCAGCAGCAGGCAGAGCAAGAAGAAAGAAUGCGCAUGAAGAAGUUGACACUUGACAUUAACGAGCGUCAGGAACAGGAAGACUACCAGGAGAUGUUGCAGUCCCUGGCACAGCGACCUGCUCCAGCAAACACCAAUCGCGAGCGGCGACCUCGAUACCAGCACCCUAAAGGAGCACCGAAUGCUGAUCUUAUCUUCAAGACAGGGGGGAGGUAAGGGUUUUGCAACCCUCCGAGAAUUCUACAACUCUGGCAUCUGUGCAUCUCCUUCCCCCUUCACUCCAUGGCUGCCAUGCCUUCAGAUAUCCAGGCAUUGCAAUCUGGAAUUUCCUCCUCAAUCCUAACUCCCUCUCCCCCUUUAAGAUCCUCCAUAAAACAUACCUCUUUGACCAGGCUUUUACUCUCCCAUCCAAAUUUCCUUUGGCAGCACAUCUGUUUGUGUCUGAUUUACGUAUCUGUGUAUGGCCUUGGGGCAUUUUUAAAUUGUUUAAGGCAAGUUUUUGUUAGAUGUAUUACCACCGACAGGUUAUAGAGCAGGUUGUUUUGCAUACUUUCAACCUUGCACAGCUCAAUAAAGGAUCUCUUUAUUCUUGGGAGGAUCUUUCUAUUAAAUUCAGGGACGUCGUCUAAAGGAGUGUUGAAACUGUCCAGUUUGAUUGCCUUAACUAAAAGGCCAAGUAAUCCCUGAUAAUCUGCAAUUUAACUCAGGUCACUAAUUACAUGUGUGCAUAAACUAUCUAAAUUAAACUCCAAAUAUCCUUCUCUUUGUGGGCAAACACUACUUUAUCUUCAGUGCAUUUGCACCAACAGCAGUGAAUAUGGAACUAGAUUGGUCAAAUUAUAGUUGUAAAUCCAUCUGUUAUAAAUCAGCUUCACUUGUUGGAAGGAUUUAAAGUCUCAUUUCACCAUAAAAGUAGUAUAUCUCCUGUAAAUAAAAGACCCAUUGAAGAUAGCAAUUUGAAAACUGCUUUUGAAAUUACCUCCUUUCUUAUUAUAAUUACAUUUCUUUGCUAUGUAUUAAAAUGCAAAGGGAAUUGCAAAUUUAAGGUGUGUAAAGUAGGAAAUUCUUUUGUAUGAAUUGAUCAUAAAUCAAGUGGCAUGGCUAAAUCCUUUUGGAUUAUUUACAUUUACCCCUCAGACAUUUCCUACUGCUCUUUCACUCUUUGAAUAGUAUCAUGCUUCAAUUGAGGGUUCUGUUUGCAAAGUCUGCUCCAGGAGCAGUCCCCUUGAUUUUCUUUGGAGUGUCGUCAUGGAGUUGGGGUGUCACCUUGUGUUCAGUUUACUUUUGUGGCCUGAUGUGGAGCCUUAGGCUAACUGGGACGGAGUGACGUGACUGGGAGCUGGGAACUUGAUUCCCCUGAUCCAGAGGGAGCUGUAGGACAUGCUAAUCAUUGAGAUUGCUUUAGAAACAAUGCUGGAAAGCAGGCCAGACAGAAACAGAAUUAUCCUCCUUACUGAAAUUACUGUUGUUGGAUCUUUGGGAAGGCAGCAUUAUGAAAGAAAGCAAUAAAACAACCCUUACAAGUCACAGCAUUGGAUCCGAGGUUAAAGAAUGUGAUUAACAAAAGUGUGAACUGUGCCAGGCACUUCACAAAGUGUAGUGUCUGUUUUCAGAGCCUAAUGUAAUGUGGUCAGGAGGCUAUCAGACAUAUAGCUAUGCAUGCAGUUAUUUCAUACUAUAGAAGUUAAUUGCUUUGGCAAAUACUAGCAAAUGGACAUUGGGAAUAGUGCUCCAGCAUGAGGGAAAAUAUUACUGGGACAAAGAAAAGAGUUAUUUUGGUAAGACUGUGUUUUGGUUUAGUGAAGUAUUGAGCUAUGUAGUUUAAAAUAAAAGAAGAAUGCAGAUGCUGGAAAUCUGAAAUCAAUACAGGAGAUGCUGGAAUAACACAGCAGGUCAGGCAGCAUCUGUGGGAAGGAGAAACAGUUGAAGUCUCAGGUCACAGACCCUUUGUCAAUGUGGCAUAGUUUGGGGUGUGUUUGUGCUAGUAGUCACAACAGGAUGAUAAAUAUUAGAAGGUGGCUGGACCAUUCUUUCUUGCAAUCAGCCUAAUAAUAACAACCACGGAGAAAGUUAUUUACCAAAUCUUUUGGCCUGAGUGCGUGACGUAUCAGAGAAAUGUUGGAGGCUUUCAAAUCAUUGGACUGUUGGAGUAAUGACUGACCACCACCUGGCAUGAGCAUUCCAGAUGAAGGGUCUCGACCCGAAAUGUCCACUGUCCAUUUCUCUCCAUAGAUGCUGCCUGACCCGCUGAGUUCCUCCAGUGUUUACUGUGUGGAUUGAGCAUAUCUGUUUAAGGAUCUGCCACACAACAGAAUAUGUAGCAGGGUGCUUUAGAAGCUGAUCAAUUAAUAAAAAGUUGCAGGUACAUUUUAUCGGGGGAUAAAAGUCAAUUCACGACAAAGAUUUCUAUUAAUGUGAUUAGUGGGGAAUACAGACUAUAGCAUUCAGAUAAAUGCAAGCACUUGAACAUCUAUAAUCCUGGGUAUGGUUAAAUCAAUUCAAACGUCAAUCAAAAAUUAAAAAUGGUUUUGUAUUCUUAACAGCUAUUUCAAGUUUCAUUGUAUUGAGUCCCAGCUGGAUUUUCACACUUCUGUUAGAAUAUUAGCUUCAGCCAAUGGAGUGAUAAUCUGGACAUUAUGGGAGAGGUAUUAUACAAAAGUAUUGAACAAUAAAAAAUGUUACAUCUUUUUUUUAAAAAACAGUAAGAAAAAGGAUAAGACUAUAUAUUGGUUGCUCUUAGCUUAAUUAGAAAAAGAGCUUCUAGGGUAUAGAACAAGAGGAAAUUCAUGAAAGACUUAAAUGCCAUGUGUAGCACAUGUGUCCCCCCUGCCCUUUUGUUAAUUACCACUGUCUUUGCAGAAAUCCUGACCGGGGGUUUUCAGUAAAUGGCAAAAAACUACAGAAUUCUUUAUACUGUGUCGAAAUUCAUUGUUUACAGUUAAACUUCACUGCCAUAAACAACAAACUGCAGUGUUGCCUUUGAUCUAACACUUUUUUACACUCUCCCUUCCCUUCCUGGUUUGAGCAAGCAAUAUUUCAGUUCUCUUGUCUGGUACUUGAGUCAGCUAUUUGAUGCAAAUAUCCAAAGUCAUAAUUUAGAAUUGCAUUCCAGAUUAAACACAAGUACAGUGGUACUUCAGGUGUGUAAAAUAAUUCAAUUAGAAUCACACUUUCAAAUUGCAGUACAUUUUAAGUGGAAAAAAUAAACUUUAAAACUUCCCAGCAAACACUUCCUGUUCUUGAAACAAGCUAAACCAAUGUCAUGUGUAAAGGCUACACCAGCAUGCCUCUUUCUAAAACUGUGAGGACAAAAUUCAGAUAUGAAGCCUCCAUUUUCUUGCAAUAUUGCAACGUUCCAGUUCUAUGGAUAAUUCGAAUCAUAGGAGGUCUCUCCGCCUCUCAUUGUGUAAUUGUUCUUGCAGCUUGUACAGCCAGAGACUAGCUUCCCUCAAAGCACACUGAGAUGCUAUCCUUUUCAGCCAAUCCCAGGAAUUGUAGCCACAAGCUAUCUCAUUGCACUGCUGCCUACACAGCCACUCAGCCCCGUUAAUAUAGGUGCAGUCAGUCAGCAGGGAUAGGAAGCACUGAUUUGUGAAACUUGAGCUGCAUUUGACUAAUUCAGUCUUCUAGGAGAAGUAUUUGGAUAAGCAGCCUGCAGUGGAUGUUGUACAUGUACCUUAAGGUCUUUUCAAAGAGUUAUGAAAUUAAGUAGAUAUUAAGGGGAUCGUAGCUAAUGUAAAAAUUAGUGGGAAGUAACAGUAAAGCAAAUUAAAGUACUUAAGGUUGACAAAAUGAGUGAAUUUAUUACCAUAAUUAUCUACUCUGGACUGUAGGUAAACAGGAAUAAUGAGCUGAAAUUUGGGGAUUUGAAGUAGAAUAUAUAGUAAUUGGCAGAUGCAGAAAAAUGUUUUAUAUAUUGGGAAAGAGAAAUAUUCUGCAAAGAGUAAAACGCAAUAUGGAGUGGAGAAGAAAGAUUUAAGGAUUUGUCUUGGAGGAACUCAGCAGGUCAGGCAGCAUCUAUGGAGGGAAAUAGAUGGUCACAGUCCAGAUGAAGGGUCUCGACCCGAAACGUCAACUGCCCAUUUCCCUCCACAGGUGCUGCCUGACCUGCUGAGUUCCUCCAGCACUUUGUGUGUUGCUCCAGAUUCCAGCAUCUGUAGUGUCUUGUGUCUUCUAGGGAUUUAUCUACAUGGAUCUACAGGUUAGAAGACUAAUAUUGAUACAUUUUCAGACACUAUGGGAUCUAAGGACAUGGGAAUCUAACGGGAAAGUGGAUUUGCUACGCAGGGUUAACCACAACCUUAUUGAAUGAUUGUGAAGUUUUGCGAGGUUAACUAACGCACUUCCAUUUACUUUCUUGUAGUUUUAUGUCCAUGGGGAAUAGCCCAGGGUGUGCAUGUGUGAGUUGUAAAUAGCUGACCUUUUAUCCUGAGAUUAAUCUCCCCAGUUCUAAUUUCCCCAUCUGGAAGCAACACCAUCUCAUUUACCCUGUGAGCACCUCUCAGAAUUUUCUGUGUCUUAAUGAGAGAGUUUUCAAUCCAGUGAUCAUAAACGAGCUGUGUAUUGCAAAAUCUAAACAAGCGUAAGUGGUGGGAGAAAAUUUCAAUAAUUCGGCAUCCUUGAGACUUUGGUGGUGCCCGACUAACAGAUUUUUCCAGACUAUUGGCUGUUACUCGUAUUACUAUCCAAACACUUUUAUAACAUAUUAGAUGCCAACGUAAGUUUUCCAGUGAACUUGGUGAGUUUAAAGGAAGCGGGGAAAUGUACAAGCUCUCUGGUCACGCGUUCUGGACCCCAACCCCAUCUCUGGCCACUGAGCUGGUCCACACUCCGGGACCCCAGCUCUGGCUACACUAACCGCUUGCACUCUGAGCCCCCUGGGUUACCUUCUGGACUGAUGAGUGAACCAGAUUCCAAACCAUCAAAUCUAGACUGGGAUUUCCAAACUAUCAGAUGUUGGAUUAUAAGAAUUAUUUUUUUUACUGAAUCUUCUUGUCAGGUAUGUUCAGAGGGGUUGCUACCAUAACUAAAGCUAAAUUUACCUUGAGUGUAGAAAUGAUGUGAUCAUGGGUUCAUAUUCUAAACCAUUAACCUGUGCUUUCUCUUGGCAUUUGUUGGUGGAUGUGCUGUGUACUUCCUGUGUUUUUAUAUUUUCUUUGUGAGAUUGGUGGUGUUCUGAAUUGAAAGUGGGUAUCUUAAUGGCAAAACUUUCCAAGCUGUUUCAGGAAUGGGUGGUAAUUGUUAUAUAACGUAGUCAAAUGCUCCCAACUCAGACCUUUGCAACUAGAUCGAUACCAAUUUACUUUGCUGUAUUUUUAAUUUGUAGGAUUUAAUGCUAUUUAAAAAGAAAAGUGCCCUUUCAACCUUGAAUUAAACUUGGUGCAUGUGAAUUGUUUUAGAUACAUUAAUUUUUUUUUCCCAAAAUGUGAACUAGCCAGUUUUUACAAUUAACCAAUCAGUCAUGAAUUGAAAGGUAUUUUUUCAUUCUAAAUACUUGCCUAGAGAUUUGGGAUUUAAUUUAUAGAAUAUUUAUGUUAGAAAUGUUCUCAAGUCCAAUCCCAUCUUGUUCAGUGCAGCUUGUGUUAGAAAAUACUUUGCCAUAAUGUUUUAACAAAGAAAACUGUCUUCAACCUUUUGCAUUGGUUGGUGAAUUAUAAUUGUCCUGGAGUAGAUUAAUUUGUUUUCAUGCAAUGAGGGAGUGCUAGCAAAGGAAGAGGUUGUUUUCUUGCAUCAGGUUCUAACUGCAGUGUGAAGUUAAGCCUUGCCAUGAAGUUCAACUUCAAAUCUGAUCCAAUGAAUAGAUUAUCACCCAAAUGUUUUGAUUCUAGAAAGACUGGAAGCUACAAAAAUCACUGUGUAUCCAGUAUAAAACUUUCAUAGCACCCUCUCUUAAAUGCAUGGAUUUAGAUUAUAAUAAAAAAGCAAGCGACAUUCUUUCUCACCUCUCAUGCCUAUCGUCCAUGAAAAAGUCUUCAUUUAAUCCUGUUUUAUUUCAGAUUGAUUUUUGAGCUCUACUUGAUAUGUAAAUCUAUUCUUGGUCAGUGUCUGAAAGCAGUUUCUCAGUACCUGUUGAAAAUAAUGUAAAUCUUUGUAACUUAGGAAAUGCUAAAGAGUUAAGUAAGCGAAUACAAGCAUGCAGACAAUGUCUGUGUUUAUUUAACUACUUCUGCACAAUUUUUCUGUCUAAUUCACUGGUUAGUAUAAUAGAAGGAAACUGCUGUAAUAAAGUGGUGCAGAAUCUGUUUUAUCAUGUUUCUGUUUAAAACCUAAUUAGAUAAAAGGUUGGCUUGUAUUGGCUGCUGAAAUGGACUUCUUGUAGUUUCUCUUAAAAUUAUGCAUGUAUUUAAUUGCUGCUCAGAUCCUAAUACUUUAGGAAAUGUGUAGCAUCAGGGCUGAGUUUAAUGUGUUUAAAAUUCAAAAGAAAAGCUUGCAAAAUGUCCAAUUUUUGAAACACACAUGAUGGAUUCCACAGCCAUCAUUUUUUCAUAAAUUGAAUACAAUGAACCCACUUUCUCAAGUUGCAUCUAAUCUGUGUGAUAAAACGGGAAUCUAGCUGGUAUAUUGUACUAAAUUUUGCGAAGAAUAUAGUUAUUGCUUGCAUUAUGGUUGCUGUAAAUGGUGCCAAAAUGGCAAGAAAUACCAUGUCUAUGCUUUAGAAUGAGAACCGUUCAAGUGACAACCUUUAACAAUCCAGUGAAAAGCAUGGGGAUAGAUUCAAUAGUUAUGAAUAAAAUCUUGAUUAGA